AUGAAUCGGCAGCGGGUGGACUCCGUGGAUUCGCUGGGGCCUGACGAUGAGGUCAUGCCAUACAGUGACGAUGAGACAGAUGACGAGUUGGAAGUCGUCUCUGAUGAAGGAGGGGACAGGCCCACAGCAGCACCACACCCCCCACUGGAGACGAAACCUAGUGAGGUGGGCUGGAAGGUGAAAGCCAAUGACCGAGACUACCACCGGCUACCAGAGUUUCAGAAGAAAACAUUCCUGUGUUUAACGAAGAGCAAGUACUCUAGCAAUGCAAUCAAGACCUACAAAUACAAUGCUUUGACCUUCAUCCCUCUCAACCUCUUUGAGCAGUUUAAGAGAGCUGCCAACCUCUACUUCCUGGCCCUGCUCAUCUUACAGAUCAUUCCUGAGAUCACCACACUCCCCUGGUACACCACACUGGUUCCUCUGGUCUUGGUGCUUGGUAUCACUGCCAUCAAAGACCUGGUGGACGACCUGGCUCGUCACAGGAUGGACAAAGAGAUCAACAACCGGAAAUGUGACGUCCUUCUAAAUGGCAGAUUUCAAGAGUCGAAAUGGAUGAAUGUCCAGGUGGGGGAUGUGGUUCGCCUGAGGAAAAAUGACUUCAUCCCGGCUGACAUCCUUUUGUUGUCCAGCUCGAACCCACACAGCCUGUGUUACGUGGAAACAGCCGAACUCGAUGGAGAAACCAACCUGAAGUUCAAGAUGGGUCUGAAAGUGACGGAUGAGAGGCUGCAGGAAGAAAACCAGCUGGCUGUCUUCGAUGCUUGGAUUGAAUGUGAGGAGCCUAAUAAUCGUCUGGACAAGUUUCUGGGAACGAUGGUCUGGAAGAGGCUUCGAUACCCUUUGGAUCUGGAUAACAUGCUGCUCAGAGGCUGCAAGAUAAGGAACACAGACACAUGCCAUGGCCUGGUCAUCUUUGCAGGUGCUGACACCAAAAUCAUGAGGAAUGGUGGGAAGACCAGGUUUAAGAGGACCAAGAUCGAUGAACUGAUGAACUACAUGGUCUAUACAAUCUUCGUUCUGUUGAUCCUGGUAUCAGCAGGUCUGGCGAUCGGCCAUUCUUUCUGGUAUGAGGAGAUCGGUAGUAAGGCCUGGUAUCUGUAUGACGGAAAGGACCAAGAGCCUCCCUAUAGAGGGUUCCUCAGCUUCUGGGGAUAUAUCAUCGUCCUCAACACCAUGGUGCCCAUAUCACUCUAUGUCAGUGUGGAGGUGAUUCGUCUGGGCCAGAGCAAGUUCAUUAAUUGGGAUCUACAGAUGUACUUCCCAGAGAAAGACACACCAGCCAAGGCACGGACAACCACCUUGAAUGAACAGCUGGGACAGAUAGAGUACAUCUUCUCUGACAAGACGGGAACCCUCACCCAGAAUAUCAUGGCUUUCAAGAAGUGUACCAUUGCUGGACGGACCUAUGGCAACCCAACUACCGCUGAAGGAGUUUCCCUGGACAGAGGAAGGCCAGUGGACUUCAGCUGGAACCGCUACGCCGACAGGAAGUUCCAGUUUACGGACAAUUUCCUGAUUUCUUGCAUCCGGUCCAAGAAGGACAAAGACGCCCUGGAGUUUUUCAAGUUGCUGUCACUCUGCCACACUGUCAUGGUGGAGCAGAAAGAGGAUGACUUGGUGUACCAGGCUGCAUCUCCAGACGAGGGCGCCCUUGUGACGGCAGCGCGGUGCUUUGGCUUCGUAUUCCUGCGUCGCACUCAGGACACCAUCACCAUCAGUGAGAUGGAGAAGGAGAUGACAUAUGAGAUGCUAGCCCUGUUGGACUUCAACUCGGACCGCAAACGCAUGUCUAUCAUCUUGCGGUUCCCUGAUGGUCGUAUUCGUCUUUACUGUAAAGGAGCAGACACUGUCAUCUAUGAGCGGUUGUCCCCCAACUCCAGACACAAGGAGACCAGCCAGACUGCCCUGGAUAUCUUUGCCAAUGAGACACUGCGGACCUUGUGCCUGUGUUAUAAAGACAUCAGCAAAGAGGAGUACGAUGCCUGGGAUAAGAAAUAUAAGGCGGCCAGUGUUACUGUGAGCGAUCGUGAAGCGGCGCUGGACCAGGUGUACGAACAGAUCGAGAACAACUUGAUGCUGAUUGGAGCCACAGCCAUUGAGGAUAAACUACAGGAUGGCGUACCGGAGACCAUCGCUAAGCUGGCCAAGGCUGACAUCAAGAUUUGGGUUCUCACCGGCGAUAAGAAAGAAACUGCGGAGAACAUCGGUUAUUCCUGUCAGCUUCUCACAGACGACAUGCAGAUCCACUACGGGGAAGAUGUCAAUGACAAGCUGAGAAUCCGUCAGGCGUCGCGGAGGAACGAGCCACUCGCUGUCGGUCGAAACAGGAAGAGACCCCAGGAGCCGUUUUUUAACCGGGAGGGGAAAAAUGCUCUCGUCAUCACCGGAGGAUGGCUGAAUGAGAUUCUGUACGAGAAGAAGAAGAAACGUCGCCGUCUUCGUCUUCGUCGUCUGGGGAGGAGACCGCCUUCCUCAAGUCCUCAAGACGGACAGCCAAUAGAUGACUGGGAGAAAGAGAUGAGACAGAUCGACUUCGUGGACAUGGCGUGCGAAUGUGAAGCGGUCAUCUGUUGCCGUGUGACACCCAAGCAGAAGGCGAACGUGGUGAGUCUGGUGAAGAAGUACAAGAAGGCCGUGACGCUCUCCAUCGGAGACGGCGCCAACGACGUCAACAUGAUCAAAACUGCAGACAUCGGUGUCGGUAUCAGUGGUCAGGAGGGGAUGCAGGCAGUUAUGUCCAGUGACUACGCCUUUGCUCAGUUUCGUUACCUGCAGCGCCUCCUGCUGGUUCAUGGCCGCUGGUCCUACAUCAGGAUGUGCAAGUUCCUGCGUUUCUUCUUCUUCAAGAACUUUGCCUUCACGCUGGUCCACUUCUGGUACUCCUUCUUCAGCGGAUACUCCUCACAGGUUGCCUAUGAGGACUGGUUCAUCACUCUCUACAAUGUCUGUUACAGCAGUUUACCUGUGCUGCUGGUUGGACUUCUGGACCAGGAUGUAAACGACAAACUGAGCCUAAAAUUUCCCAAGUUGUACCUGCCGGGCCAGCAGGGGUCGCUGUUCAAUUACAAAAAUUUCUUCAUCAGCCUUUUCCACGGCAUCUUCACAUCGCUCAUCAUCUUCUUCAUCCCCUACGGAGCGUUUCUGCAGACGAUGGGGCAGGACGGAGAGGCCCCGUCAGACUACCAGUCAUUUGCUGUCGUCACUGCUUCGUCGCUGAUAAUCACGGUCAACCUGCAGAUCUCUCUGGAUACCUCCUAUUGGACGUUCGUCAACUGUUUUGCGGUGUUGGGCAGCAUAGCCAUCUACUUUGGCAUCAUGUUCGAUAUCCACAGUGCUGGCAUCCAUGUGAUCUUUCCCUCAGCAUUCACCUUCACCGGCGCAGCCUCCAACGCUCUUCGACAGCCCUACCUGUGGCUGACCAUCAUCCUGACCGUGGGCAUCAGUCUGUUACCCGUCAUCUGCAUCCAGUUCCUCCAUAAAACCAUCUGGCCCUCAGUAGGAGACAAGGUUCAGAGGAACAGGAAGAAGUACGAAAUGGAGGAAGAGGAGAAGAAGAAGACGCCGUCAGCGUUCCAGCGUGGUGCGCGCUCCCGGCGCUCGGCGUAUGCCUUCUCUCACUCUCGCGGCUACGCUGACCUCAUCUCAUCCGGACGUAGCAUCCGUCGGCGGCCGGCGGCCCGCGAUAGACCGCAGGACAGCAUCAGGGAGGUCCCGCAGAGGGAGGCCGAGAACAUCUGA